AUGGGGGCACUUAUGUCAAAGUUUUGGUUCAUGAUGUUUCCUGCAAAGGAAUACAAGAUUGUUGUUGUUGGAUUGGAUAAUGCAGGGAAAACAACAACACUGUAUAAGUUGCAUUUAGGUGAAGUGGUAACUACUCACCCUACUGUUGGUAGCAAUGUGGAGGAGCUGGUUUAUAAGAAUAUACGAUUUGAGGUGUGGGAUCUCGGAGGGCAAGAACGUCUUCGAACAUCAUGGGCCACAUAUUACCGCGGGACCCACGCAGUGAUCGCGGUGAUCGACAGCACAGACCGCGCUCGAAUCUCAAUCAUGAAAGAUGAACUUUUUCGGUUACUCCCAAAUGAGGAUCUUCAAAAUGCUGUUCUUUUAGUGUAUGCAAAUAAGCAAGAUUUGAAGGAUGCAAUGACUCCAGCUGAAAUAACUGACACCCUUUCACUUCAUAGUAUCAAGAAUCAUGAUUGGCAUAUUCAAGCUUGUUCUGCACUUACGGGUGAUGGACUUUAUGAUGGGUUGGGUUGGAUUGCCCAAAGAGUUACCGGGAAAGCAACAAGCUAGAGAAAACCGUUAAGGGCAUAAUCGUCAUUUUGUUGAAACGUUUUAUUGUUUGGACUUUGGAUUAUACGUAAAAAAGACACUUGUGUGCGAUUUGGUUUUGGAAAUUUCUUGGGUAUUGUUUUCUUUUAUAGGGUUGUUUUUGAUGAUGUGGAUGAGAAGGGUAUUUACGUCUUUUGCAUAGAUGAGAGACGAGUCUAUGUCCCAUCUUUUUAGAUGUGGCGAAAAAGAAAUGCAAUUUUUGUCAUAUUCUAAUCCUUUGUUACACGGGGAUGAGACAACAUUAUACUAAGGGC